GUCAAAAUUGGUAAAAGUACCCGCGAUAUAACAGUGAACACUUAACAGAGGGUCGAUCAUGAACACGAAGGGCAGGAUUGAUGAUCCAUGAUCGCAGCUUUUAAAAAAUGGAGGAAGUUCAUAUACUCCAGGUUCCAGUCCUUAGUGUGCCAGAGAAGCCUCACAUUUGUGACAUUUGUGGUAAGGGGUACCUCCACGCCAGCAAGCUUGUGAUCCACCAGCGUGUCCACACGGGCGAGAGACCAUACACAUGCGACCUAUGUGGCAGGAGCUUUGCCGAGAAGGGCAGUCUCAAGAACCACCGCCGCACGCACUCGGAUCAGAAGCCGCAUGCCUGUGAUAUCUGCGGAAUGGCCUACACCCGUAGGAGCGGCCUACUGGUCCACAUGCGGGCCCACUCGGGAGACAGACCAUUCAUCUGUGGCCUGUGCGGCCGGGCAUUUCCGCAGCAGAGCGAUCUGGACAAGCAUAGCCUCUCCCACAACAACAGCAGGCCUUACAAGUGCGACAUCUGCGAGAAGGCCUUCGACUUUCGCAGCAAGCUCAUGACUCACCAGCGGAUGCACAGCAGUGAGAAGCCUUUCGUCUGCAACAUAUGCGGCAAGGCCUACUCACAGCGAAGCAGCCUCAACAACCACCGGAUCACUCACGCUGACGACAAGCCCCACAGCUGUGACGUUUGUGGCCGCUCGUUCAACCGGAAAACUCACCUCAUGGCCCACCAACUAACCCACUCAUUUGUGUGCGGCGACUGCGGCCGCUGCUUCUCAGAUGAGAGCGAUCUCAGCAAGCACCAGCUCACUCAUGAGAAGCCAUACUGCUGCGAGUUCUGUGACAAAGCCUUCAAACACUCCAGCAAACUCCAAGCUCACAAACGCACUCACACGGGCGAGAAGCCCUUCAUCUGCCAAAUCUGCGGGCGGGCAUUCUCACAACCGGGCAGUUUAAAGACUCACCAGGCUAUCCACAACAGAAACCACGCCACACAGCUGCAACUCGUGCAGCAAAGCCUUUGCCAAUCCGAACAAUCUCAUCACACACCAAAGGAGUCACAGUGAUGAACAGCAAUUCUUUGUGGCAUUAGCGUCAAAGGUUUCUGUACCUCAGUGGACAUUUAAACGUUACCUCACCCACAAUCAAUCCGUAUAAAGUCCUUUCUACAAUCCCAAAACAGAGCCUUAAAUCUUCCUUGUAAGUAGGGUAUUGUGAAGGAUUGUGGUUGUGAAUGAUUUUGAAGGAAGCAUUGUCCUCAAGGUCAAGGGUUUGACCUAAGCUUGGAUGGUAUUGUAUUUUUAAUACCCCGAUAUUUGUGAUAAAAAUACUGCAAUGUAUUCACUAAUACCGCAAUAUUCUGUGAAGUAGGGUAUCAGGUGUGCGUAAUCAAAAAGCAAGGGUGAUAAGUAGCGACUCCUGGGAAUGCCAACAACUACUGACUUCCAGUCCCACUCUAAAAGCUGCACCAAAGCCACAAACACAAUGACGGGGGACAGUGAAACUUCAAAGGGUUUUGGCUGGUGGGUGCAAAGUUAUUGCUAAGUGAUAGAGCAGACAUGACACUGGGUGACUUUUCCCACAAGAGAUGGAGUGAAAUAUGACAAUAUGGUGGUUUUCCUUUAUUCUCAAAGCAUAGUAACAAGAAUAUCUUGGUAUCGAAAUUCCAUACGGUAUAUUUACCGGUAUUUCAGUACUUAUGGAUCACCACACCAGUCGGUAUUUUUCGGUAUUGAAAAAUAUCGUCACUAUUCGGUAAUACUGAAAUACAAUCCAAGCCUAGUUUGACUUUGUGCUGUUUAUGCUCAGCCAUGCUUAAUGUAAGAUUUCAGCUCUCCCAGUUUUGCAAAAUUUAAGUUUUACAGAGAAAUGUACUCAGCCGAGCACUUCAAGAGUAUGUUUGUCCUAAAAACGUAAGUAAACAGUGAUGGUCUGAGUCAGGAUUAGCUGCUUCGUAAUCUUGACCUUUGCCAAUGUAGCAUGAAAUACCAAUGUACAGUAUUUCAGCUUUGUUCCCUCCUGACUAGUUAAAUAUUGCGCCGAGAACGUGGUACUCGAAAAGUACUGGCCCAAAACACUAGCAUCACGCCCCAUUUAAAGAAGCAGUCCCUCUUCCACCCUGCAAAAUCUGCUAAACUUACCGUCAGGUUCUAGAUUCUGAGAAAUAAAGAUAGCCUUUUAGCACAAGAUGGCCAUCCCGCCGUGGCAUUUGAAGCAAGAUGUGGGACGGAGAGAACCCCCCCCCCGCCUUUGUGUUGGUCAUUGCUUGAUCGGAAUCU